CCCGGAAUAAGGACAACACGCAUGUGCAGUAAACCCGGAUGUUGAUAGACUACGUCUCUAUUACCUCUUUGUUAAGUUUAUGCUGCUCCUGUGAGGAAUAAAUAUCACAGUUCAUCGCCCUUUGGAUGAAUUACUGUUGUCAAAACAGAUCCCGUCAGAACUUGUCACGAUGAUCAGGAGAAGCGAGCGAGGCAGCAACUGGACCGACCCGGAGAUAGUGGAGCUGCUCCAGCUGUGGUCCGACGAGCUGGUCCAGAUGGAACUGGAGAGCUCACCCCGGAACCAGCGCGUGUUUGACCGCAUCUCGCAGAUCCUGAGCGAGAAGGGCAUCUACCGCACAGGUGACCAGUGCCGGGAGAAGAUCAAGAAGAUGAAGCUGGAGUACAGGCGAAUCAAAGACAACCACAAAAUGCGACCGUGGAAGUUUUACGACGUGCUGGACCGGGUGUUGUCCAACCGACCCUCCGUGUCCUACUCCACCCUGGCGGGAGCUGUCAUCGCUCAGCAGGUGUUUCAGAGUCCAGGUGAGGGCGAGUGCCCGGCUCAAGGGGGGUCAGCUGGUUCAUUCGGGCCAGCUUCUGUUGGAGGGUUCCUGUUUGGACACCCGCCUAAAAGCGAGGAUCAGUUCGAGAUCAAGUGUGAGGAUAUUGAGGAGAGCAUGGUGAACUCUGGGGUUGAUCCCUCAGAGAUGUACUAUGGUUCUGGAGAUGAGCUGAGGAUGGAAACAGAAGGACACUCAGAUGAGCCCGAAGAGUAUGAGGACACUGUGCCCACUUCAGAUGUUGUCGACACCUCUGGCUCCCUGUCCAGCAGCAAGCUGCAACAUAACGCACCUAAAGCAGAUCAUGACGGGAGUGUAAGAGAAAGAAAGCGUCCCCACGCGAGCAAAGUGAAACGGAGCCUUGCAGGAGAUUGCUGUGGAAGCCAAGGUCGCCUGGAUAAAGCCCUGGUCCGGUUCAUGCACUGGCAGCAGUUGGCUGACAGUCGACUCCUCGCCCUGGAAGAGGCCCGUCUGGAAAGGGAGCUGCAGGCUGAGGAGAGGAGGGAGCAGCGGGAGGAUUUGCGAGCAGAGCAGGACCGCCAGCAUGAACUCCGACUGUUCAGCAUGCUCGCAGGGGCAUUGUGCACUGUCAAACCUGGACCUCCAACGCAGACUGACACCUCUCCGUCCUCUUUAGCCCAUCCGUCAGAUUCCCUGAGCGCCACUGUCUCGCCUUCUUUAUCUCAAUCACCCUCUCAAGCGACACAGACUGUUUUCAAUUUGGAGCCAGCUAAGUCAACAGCUCCUCUGUCUGCCAAGCCAAAAGAGGUUCCCGGGCCGAGCGUGUACCUGUCUAGCCGCGGUAACACAAUCAGACAGUACCGGUGUAUUCUCCAGGAGGGAUAUGACCUGUAUGAAAAGGACGCGUAUCACAGCUCAGACAACCCUCAAGGGGUUAUAAAGAUGUGCACCAGUGAAAACAAACUGUGUGGGGACAUUCUGCUGAAGCGGCUCACUCAGCCUGAUAUGCUCCACUUUGACCCCUCAGUGAUGCAGUAUGGAGACUCUAAAGGACAGGCGUAUUUGAGAGAGGAGGUUGCGAAGUUCCUGACUGACUAUGCCUGUUCCCCAGAACCAUUAUCAGCUGACAAUGUGGUGGUGAUGAACGGCUGCACUUCAGUCUUCUCCUGUUUGGCAGCAGUGAUUUGUGACCCAAAAGAUGGCUUCCUCAUUCCCACGCCCUUCUACAACUACAUAGCAGAUGAUGUGUCUCUUUACAGUCACGUCAAACUGUUUCACGUUCCUCUUGAUUGUGAGGUUGAUGGUGAAGAUAAUAAACCCUUCCGCCUCACAGUAGACAGACUUGAGGAAGGUCUGAAAAAGGCAAAGAAAGAGGGAGUGGUCAUCCGCGGUGUCAUAUUAAUGAACCCUCAUAAUCCACUUGCGGAGAUCUACACCCCAGAGGAGAUGAAUGGCUUCUUGGAGUUCGCCAAAAGGAAUGAGCUUCACGCCAUAGUGGAUGAGAUCUACAUGCUGUCCAUCUUUGAUGAAUGCGUAACAUUCCACAGCGUCCUCAGUCGGGAGAGAUUGCCUGACCCACAAAGGACCCAUAUAUUGUGGGGUUUGAGCAAGGACUUUGCCCUGUCAGGGAUUCGAAUAGGCGCUCUGUACUCCAAGAAUAGAGAUCUUGUGGAUGCCGUGGCCAAGCUCGGAGUCUUUCAUUCCAUCCCUGGAGCCACCCAGAGGCAGAUGGCACGUCUUCUCCAUGACAGAGCGUGGAUCAAUGAGGAGUUCUUGCCUGAGAACCGUCGCCGACUGAAAGCCGCUCACCGCUACCUGACAGGAGAGCUGCAAAGUUUGGGGAUCCCGUACCUGAACAGGCCUGCGACACUGUACAUUUGGGCCGACCUCAGGAAGUACCUCGCAAAACCUACCUUUGAAGAAGAGUUGUCAGUAUGGAGGGGUUUUCUUCGACACAAGGUGGUACUGACCUGUGGGCAGGUGUUCAGCUGCUCCACACCCGGCUGGUUCCGAAUCGUCUUUGCGGAUUCAAUGAGUAUUUUGGAACAAGGAGUGAAGCGCAUGAGAGAGGCGCUAAAAGAAAUAGAAGCAACCAACUCCAUGUGGAACACAAACUCUGCCAAACACACAAGCAAGCUGAGCAACAAAUCACUGAAAGAGGACAGUGCGGAGUCGGACAAUGCUGUUACAGAGAAUUCCACGUCGUCUCCCUGCAGCAAGCCAUCAGACCUGCCGACAGAGAACAAUAACUCUGCUUCUAGCCCAGACUUACCUGUGUCGGACGAGUCGGCGCUGCUGGAGUGCCGUCAAGAAGUGAAGCCCAGUGACAGUCUGGAGUCUCUCAUUGGGACUCUAAAGAACCAGAUCAGCUCUUCUGAUUGGUUGGAGAAGAACACACCGGUGCUGUCUGCUGGGGAAAACCCAGAGGUCCUUGAUGUAUUCACAGCCCUGCUGCAACGUGCCAGGAAGUAAGUUUAGGAUUAAAAUGUAUUGACGUGGUUGCCAGAUUUUGGUUUGCCAGCACCGAGGAGUCCUUUUUUGUUGAUCGAAAUGAUGAAUGCUUGACACAGAUACUCGAGUCGAGGUAUUUAGAGAGCUACUGCUGUCCAUGUUGAAUUUGAAGGAUGCAUUUGUUGAUAUUUAUACUGUGGAAUACAGCCUCUUCUUUGUCAUUUCAAUACA